AUGAUGGGGGUCGAUCGCGUGAAUGUGAGUGGUGAGUCCUAUGCGAAGAUUCACCACGCGAAGACUCACCACGCGAAGAUUCGCCACGUGAAGAUUCGCCUCGUGAAGAUUCACCUCGUGAAGGCCCAGGAUCAUGCGAAGAUGAACGACUGGUGUCACGUGAAGAUUCUGCCGGAUAUCUCUUCACUGAAGGCGGAUAAUAUCGCGAUGACGAGCGAUCAGGGCUAUAUGUUGUUGAAGGUGGAUAUAAUGAAGACGAAGAUUGAUAAGAAGGUGAACGGCCACGAGAAAAGGGGUGACCACGGGCUGUCGACUGUUGCCCUGAUUGUGCAGAAUUAUAUUGCGUUGACUGUUGUCUUGAUCUUCCGGUAUCGUAUUGCGUCGACUGUUGCCCCGAUCGUGCAGAACCAUAUUGUGUUGACUGUUGCCCUGAUCGCGCGGAACCAUAUUGCGUUGAUUGUCGUCCUGAUGUUGCAGUUUCAUAUUCGCUCUCGGGCUCUCUGGCCACAUUCUGUCGAGGUGAAAACUCAGUUGAAUUCCUAG